ACGUGUCCUGUCCUUGCUGCUGCUGCUGAACCGUCCCUGCUCGGUGACCGAGAGGUUUAGUGCGCCCGUUCCGCCUGCGCUUCAAAUGCGCACCCACUGUAGGGCCGCAGCCUUGCGCUGCCGGAGCGUCCCGGGCCCGCCGGAAUCCGCAGCGUCCCGGGCCCGCUGGAGCAUUUCCAGGCCGCUGGGCGCUGGAGCGUUCGGGCCCGGUGGAAGCCGGCUGUGCUGAGUCAGGAGGCUGCAGUUUACAGCCCUGGAGUGGUUUGGGCUGGGAAGGACUGUCAGGAUCAUCCCAUUCCACCACAGCAGCUUUCUAAUCUGCCGAAGGGGAACCUGCGCUAUUGUUUAACCCCUCUCCUUGCCCUGUUCCUCAGGACUGUUAAAUGUGUGUGACACGGAGAUAAGGGCUCCUCCUCCGCGGCCUCCUCGCCGCAUCUCUGGGUGGUGCUGUUGCUGUUGAUGCAGUUUGGGCUCUGACUGAUCUUGCAAGGUCAUCACCUGCUGGUCAGAGAGGAAGCUGUGACUUCGGGUUUGUCUUUCCCACCUUAGCCUCGCAGCCUAGGUGUCUUUUGAGGUUUUCAGCCUGCUUCUUGGGAAAGCCCUGCAGGUUUGCUGCUGCUGCAAUGGGCGAGUACGGAUUGGCUCCAGGCCAGCGCGUGGCCAUCAUCUGGGACAGCUCCUCGCCCGUCGAAGCCCUGAAGGAUUUGGUGGAUAAAGUCCAGUCACUGGUGGGAGCUGAUAAUCAUAUCUCUGUGGAAAAUGUUAACCAGCUGCCUCUGUCGGCUCACAGGAAGUCCAGCUUCGAUGUGAUCCUCUCUGGCAUGGUGCCAGGCAGUGCAGCCCAGCACAGUGUGGAGCUCCUGGCAGAAGUGGCUCGGAUCCUUAAGCCAGGGGGCCGUGUCCUGCUGAAAGAACCAGUGCUUACAGAGUUAGGAAACAAUACCAAAAUCAAGACAGCAUCCAAGCUCCUCACAACUCUGACUCUCUCAGGGCUGGUGGAAGUGAAGGAGGUGCACAAGAAAGCACUGACUCCAGAGGAGGCCCAGUCUGUUGGAGAACAUCUGGGUUACCAAGGCAAUGACCUUCUCAUUGUUCAGAUAGAAGGCAGGAAGCCCAAUUUCGAAGUGGGAUCCUCAAGUCAGCUCAAACUUUCCUCUGCCAAGAAACCUGUUCCUUCAGCAAAACCCCGUGUGGACCCAGCUGCUGCCAAGCUGUGGACACUGUCUGCCAAUGAUAUGAAUGAUGAAGAGAUGGAUCUUCUGGACUCUGAUGAGCUGUUGGAUUCAGAGGAUUUGAAAAAGCCAGAUCCAUCGUCCCUCAGAGCUCCAUCCUGCAAUGAAAAGGGCAAAAGGAAAGCCUGCAAGAACUGCACAUGUGGCCUGGCUGAAGAACUGGAGCAGGAGAAGAAGGGCUCGCAGCCUAAAUCUGCCUGUGGAAAUUGCUACCUGGGGGAUGCAUUCCGCUGUGCCAGCUGCCCUUACCUGGGGAUGCCUGCCUUCAAGCCUGGCGAGAAGAUUCUCCUGCCAGAGAACCAGCUGCACGAUGCCUAACAAAGACAUGUCCUGCCACGGACUCUGCUGCUUUUCCAUCACUCUGAGGUUCUUCCUGCAGUCCUCAUCCUCUCAAACUCAUGCUCUCCAGCCAGUACUCCAUGUGGGGAGGGACACUGCGGGCACUGACACUGCUGUGAGCUCACCACUUGUCACCAGCCUUGGGCUACCUGAUCCUCUGGUGACAAGUCACUAUUAGACUUCAUGUGACACCUUGUUUUCCUGGACGCUGGCCGUCACAGCGCGUCCCACCAGCAGAGGGAAGUACAGUCACGUGUCAGGUUGUCCUUGUGUGCCUGUGGCAUUUCCCAUGUCCUACAGCUCUAAUUAGUCCUGAUUGUCCCUGGUGAAUCAGCAGCUCUGGCUGAGCCCCCGGGGCGAUGGGCUCCUGCUCUCUUUGAAAUUUCAACCUGCAGCCUCUUGUGUGGAGAGGGUUCAGCAGCUCCUGAGGCAAGUCAGGAGCAGGGAGUACCCUCAGCAGUGUGUACUCACAGCAGUGUGCAUGGGAAAGGCUGGCAGGCAUGGUGAAUUUCCAGGUGUAUUUGGAGCCCCUUGCCCCAGCUGUUUUCAGCAAAAUGAAAAGAUUCAGUGCCACCAAGAACUCGUGCCUUUAAGGCAGGGAGCUGAUGAAACAAGAUCUGUCGUGUCUCCCCACAGCUUUCAGUCCAACACAAGCUGAUAACACAAGGGCAAUCUGAGACUAUCACCUCUCUUGGUGGUUACCCAAGUGAGUUACCCGCAGUGUCAAAUACAUAAGAACAUAGCAAUAACUUAAUUUCUAGAUGAUCUGUGGUGGCCCUCUGCUCCCUCUCCAUGAGAUACUAUUUAUUUGUGUAGUUCUAGUGAAGCAUCCUGCAGGUGUGGGAUCAGGGUGCUGUUCACAUUUGGUGCUGGGCUUGCUUUUCACCUAGGGAGGAGGAGGAGGAAAGCCUACAUUCAGUGUCUCAGUGGGGACUGCUUUGUUUGGAGCUCUUGCUCUACAGGAUGUGACUUCUUGUGUGCUACCUGGGUUACUAAACUCAUGGAGAGGGCUGGGAUGAAAGGCUCUUCUGUUCUUCAAAUAAAAGUGACCAAUAGUAAAGCCUUCGUUUUAAGGCUGGUA